UUUUUACUCCAGUAAAAUUUUAUUCAAGUUUACAGCCUUUAGGCCUUUCAUUGAACAGCUUAUAAAUGUUUAUUUAUUGAGGAAAGAAAACACUUUUCACGUCAGAAUGUAUUGCAUAUGAAUACAAAAUGCAAGCAGCAAGGCGGGACAGCAUUCAAUAAUUAUAUGUUUGUUAUUGUGUAAUUUCUUCCCAUUUUCUCCUUUCUUAAAUAUUUCUGCAAUGGAAGACUGUGAAGUUGCGAACGCUGAAGAUACGGAGAUUUUGGAGAACCUGACAGAGGAGCAGAUAGAAGAGUUUAAAGAGGCAUUUCGUCUCUUUGAUAAAGAUGGGUCAGGAACAAUAUCCAACGACGAGUUAGGGACAGUUAUGAGGUCACUUGGUCAAAACCCCUCUGACCAGGAGCUCACUGACCUCGUAGAGGAAGUGGACAUUGAUGGGAAUGGAGAAAUUGACUUUCAGGAGUUUCUCCUGAUGAUGGCAAAAAAGAUGAAUGCCGUUGAUUCCGAGCAAGAAAUAAGAGAGGCUUUCAAAGUUUUCGAUAAAGAGGGGACUGGAUCCAUCAGUUCGGCGUACCUACGACACAUAAUGACGACGAUGGGCGAUCGACUGGAAGACGAUGAGGUCGAUGAGAUGAUCCAGGAGGCAGACAUAGACGGAGAUGGCGAUAUUGAUUACGAUGAGUUUGUAAAAAUGUUGGCUGGUGCUGGACAAGAAGAAAAAGAGGAAAAGCAAAAAGCCAUCGCUCAAAAAGGUGGCGCCACCGGAAGUACACCGGCAUCUAAACCAGAAACCAAGACAGAGACAAAAAAUGACCCAAAACAAAGUUCCUUAGCAAAGAAAAAAGAUGCACUGACGGAAGAUCAAGUCGCAGAGUUUCGGGAGGCCUUCAGUCUCUUUGACAAAGAUGGCUCCGGGAACAUUUCCGGAGGCGAACUGUUGUCAGUAAUGAAAUCACUAGGUCAAAAUCCAACAAACGCUGAACUGGAGGAACUUAUCAACGAAGUGGAUCAAGAUGGCAAUGGAGAAAUUGACUUCAAUGAAUUCCUGCAAAUGAUGUCAAAGAAGAUGAAGGAGACGGACACAGAGGACGAAAUUCGCGAGGCGUUCCGAGUGUUUGACGACACCGGAACUGGGUCCAUUAGUUCUAAUCAGCUCCACCUGAUACUGACGACUAUGGGGGACAAGCCGAGAUUAACGGACGAAGAGGCAAAUGAAGCUGUCAAAGUCGCUGACAUAGACGGAGAUGGGGAUAUUAAUUACAUUGAGUUUAUAAAGGUGAUGACGGAAAAAAUAGAACAGACGUACCACAUGAAAGAUGAGAUGGUCGCAGAUUUCUCCGAGGCCUUUGAAAUGUACGCGAAAGGGCGAGGCUACAUUCACCAGGACCUUUUAAAAGAAAUACUGGAACUAGUAGAACAGCCAAUGCCUGAGGACGAGAUUAGUGAUAUCAUUGAAACAAUGUGUAAAGGUAGUAAUAGAUUAGAUUUAGAGAGCUUCCUGCAAAUAAUGACCCACAAAAUGCGAUCCAGCGAUCCAAUUGAACAACUUCGAGACGCCUUCAAAGAGAUUGAUGCUGACGGGAGCGGAUCUAUAGACCGUGCUGAACUGAAAGAGAUGAUGAUGAAGAUGAUGUCAAACGACUACACAGAAGAGGAGAUUGAUUCGAUGAUCGACAAGGCAGAUUUGGACGGCGAUGGCGAGAUAGACUUUGAAGUACUUAGAUAUAAUCUCGGGAACUAUACACGUGAUUUGAUCCGAAUUUUGGACUUUAAAAUAAUGGCUGAUCUGGUAGCAGAGCUAUCUGAAGAACAGAUAUUAGAAUUCAAGGAAGCUUUUAGUCUUUUUGACAAAGAUGGCGAUGAAACAAUUACCACCAAGGAAUUGGGAACAGUCAUGAGGUCACUUGGUCAAAAUCCAACAGAAUCAGAACUUCAAGAAAUGAUACAGGAAGUCGAUGUGGAUGGUAAUGGGACAAUUGACUUUGAUGAGUUUCUUCAAAUGAUGGCGAAAAAAAUGAAGGACACGGAUUCUGAAGAGGAAUUAAAGUCAGCCUUUAAAGUCUUUGAUAGAGACAAUACAGGGUUUAUCAAUGGGCAAAACCUACGCACCGUUAUGACAAACUUAGGAGAGAAGCUUACGGACGAAGAGGUGGAAGAGAUGAUACGAGAGGCGGAUUUAGACGGUGAUGGAUUGGUCAAUUAUCAAGAGUUUGUGGCAAUGAUGGCUGGGAAGAGAUGACAUAUUCCUGUGGCUCUUUGGUGUAUGUUCUAUUUACUUUAAGUGUCAAUAUUGUCUAUUUACCCAAGGCAAAGAUGUUCAAACGUACGCAAAUGAACAAUACACAUGUCAAAGCAAUACACUGUAUCAUUUUUCAUUAAAAAAAUAUAUUAAACAGUUA